UAGCGACUAACAACAGGAGGGUUGCUCCAGGUAGAAUCCCUGAGUGGCCUGGCCGGAGAUCCGAGUGAGACCCCAGCCGUAGGCCGGGGUUCUUUCCUUAUAGAGGAGACGGAUUCAGAGGGGCUACAGGUGACUCCAGAGACAACUCUUUGUAGAGCCUCUACAGCCUUCCCGGAGAAACCUCGACAGCCUUGGGAAAACUGGCAUAACCUGAGGAGAGAGUCGCCAUCUGCAGAUGAACACUGUUAUGCCACCCACUACCAAGAUUGUUGAGAACCAGACAUAUGAUGAGCGUCUAGAGAUUAACGACUCCGAAGAGGUUGCAAGUAUUUUUACUCCAACCCCAAGAUACAGAGGACUUCCUCAUUCUGCCCAUCCUCCUAACAAGACUAUGGCUGAUAACAGCAGUGAUGAGUAUGAAGAGGAAGAUAACAAGGUCCUAAGUGAGGGCAUUCUACAGGUUCCAGGCUACAGAGGCAAAGGCACGGACCCCAUCCCAACUGCCCCUGCAAGCCCCAAGUACCAUCAGACCCCUGCUCGUGGACUUGAGAGGGUGGGAUGGUGCAUAGAGAACCAGAAGCUCAGAAAGGAGAAGAAGAAGACCUCUCAGCUGACACCUCAACAGGGCUUUAGUGAAAAUGAUGAUGAUGAGGAUGAUGACUCAUCUGAAACUGAUUCCGAUGAAGAAGAUGAUGAUGAAGAGCAUGGAGCCCCUCUGGAAGGAGCCUAUGAUCCUGCAGAUUAUGAGCAUUUGCCAGUUUCUGCUGAGGUUAAGGAACUCUUCCAAUAUAUAAGUAGGUAUACACCUCAGUUGAUUGACCUGGACCACAAACUGAAACCUUUCAUUCCUGAUUUUAUCCCAGCUGUUGGGGAUAUUGAUGCAUUCUUAAAGGUCCCACGUCCUGAUGGAAAGCCUGACAACCUUGGCCUAUUGGUACUAGACGAGCCUUCUACAAAGCAGUCAGACCCUACAGUGCUCUCACUCUGGUUAACAGAGAACUCUAAGCAACACAAUAUCACGCAACACAUGAAAGUAAAGAGCCUGGAAGAUGCAGAAAAGAAUCCCAAGGCCAUUGAUACAUGGAUUGAGAGCAUCUCUGAGUUACAUCGUUCUAAACCCCCUGCAACUGUCCAUUAUACUAGGCCAAUGCCUGAUAUUGACACGCUGAUGCAGGAAUGGUCCCCAGAGUUUGAAGAGCUUUUGGGCAAGGUGAGCCUGCCUACGGCAGAGAUUGAUUGCAGCCUGGCAGAGUACAUUGACAUGAUCUGUGCCAUCCUAGACAUUCCUAUCUACAAGAGUCGGAUUCAGUCUCUCCACCUGCUCUUUUCCCUUUACUCGGAAUUCAAAAACUCACAGCAUUUUAAAGCUCUAGCUGAAGGCAAGAAAGCAUUCACCCCUUCAUCCAACUCUACCUCCCAAGCUGGAGAUGCAGAGACAUUAACCUUUGGCUGAGACACAUCCCCCAACACUUUGUUUCAAGGCUGAGCUGGCUUUUCUGCCCCAGCUGAAGAGAGAUUGUCGUCAGCCACCUGGCAUCCUGCCAGCGUCACAGUUUGACUCGGACAGUAUUUGUCCUACCACCUUUUCUUCCAGAAAGCACUACGCAUGUUCGUUAAAUGGCUUCUGCCUGUCUCAAGAUUUCCUUUCUGUAGGAAUGUUGCAUCUCUACCACUAUGGCAAUUUGAGUUAGAUGAAUUGAAAUUUCUGGGAUCUCAGGAUGCUCAGUUAGGAGAAAAGUUGAAAAGACUUUUUUUUUUUACAGCAAUGGAACUAAUUUGCUUUCAUUUUUGAGUUAGUUGGCAAAGAUUUUACAAAUAAAAUCCUCUUAUCUUUCAGGCUGUCCUGCUGUUCUAUAACAUGAAAGAGAAAAGGCAGACUGAGCAAGAGGCAGAGAUAAGGAACUUGGCCUAUUAAUAAGCGUUAAGUGAAUAACAGUUUAAGCAAAUUAACUUUAUGAAAUAAAAUCAAAUACCAGCCUCCAAGAUUGGCAGUAGAGGGGAAUCCUUUUCCCCCAGAACUUAUUUUUUCAGGGGGCCUCACUAGUUAUGCUGCCUGCCUCACAGGCACCUGCCUGGUUGUGGUCUCAGGGAGCCUAGCUGUUGCAGUGAUCCAGGUGAGAGAUCAUUGUGCCUUGGAUUAGAGUGGGCAUUGUGGUAGUAGCAAAGAUGGAUACAUUUGGGAAAUAUUUUGGAGUUUAUAUCCUCUGCUCCAGUCAAAAAGUGAAAAACCAUGCUAGUUAACUUCCUAACAAAGAGUGUUAAAUGUGGGAAAUUGGUUACAAAAGUAUUGGAAGGGCUGAAGAAACAAAAGGGAGAAUACAGGGUACUGAAGGAAUGAAAAGCUAAAGGGGUGGGAUGCACUGCAGGUGCUAGAAGUGGAAGACGUGCCGUAGUGGUCUUGAAUGGCAAGGAGGUGCCAUGUGGAGGCACGGCUGGUGCGUGGACCUCGUCUCCACUUCUACAGCAACUGAGAGCAAUGGCUGCUGUUUCCUCUCUCCCAGCCUUCUCGUUUCUUGCUGGUGCCUCCUCCCAUUGGCAGAAAUUAACAGCUGGCAGGGAAAUCUGGAACAUCCAGCAGUAUAAAGCAGGGUAUAGAAGGGAGAGUGUGGGGCUAAGAGACAAUGAAUUAAUAACCAGUAGAGGUAGAACAAAACUUGGUGAUAGAUUGGAUGCAGGGGAUGAAGGAAAGAAAUCAAGGAUGACUCCCAGGUCUUGGGUCUUGAGGAACUGAAUAGAUAGUGGAACCAAGUACUAAUAUAGUGGAAAGUGGGGCAAGAAUUGAUUGGAGAGGAAAAUUACAUUAAAAUGCUACACUGUCAGCAUAGGGGAAUCAUUUCUUAGACUCUUAAACCAACUAUGAUGUUCACAUUAAGCUUGAAUUUGCGGAGCAGAAACAUUUGAGCUAAGGCCUUACUUUAACACCAUAUUGGGACCAGGUGCUAUGUUCUCGAAUGGAUUUCAUUAUUGCUCACAUUGAACCCAUAGGGAUAAAAGAGAAGCAAAAUAUGAUAGGAACUCAUAUUCUCCAUUAGAUUUUUUUAAUUUCAGUGAUUUUAAUACUUUGCAGAACAUUAACCAGUUUUGUAUCUAAUCUAGCAAUCUUAAACUAAAAUUUCUUUAAUUGCUUAUAAAUGCUUAGCAAUUUGAAUGCUCUCUGAACCAAUUUUUAAUAUGUGGCUGGUUUCCUCACUAAUUGGUUGAGUAAUCAGUGAGGAACUCUCUGACACAUAUUCAUUAUGCACGUAUGUGAGAGUUGUAACAGAUUUUUUUAAAGUGCAUGGAUAUUUGCUCUUGUUCUCCCUACUCUGUUAGAUUUUUAAGAAACAGAUUAACUUCUUUGGCUAGAGCUGAGACUUAGCACUGAUAAAUUGAUUCUUGUUAUUCAUGGUAGUUAUAUUCUAUAAAGUCACCGUGAACACUGCAUUAGCCAACACUGAAUCAUUGCUCCUAGGGCAAAUACAAGGUUAGGCUCCUAUAUGCCUAUGGUUAUAACAUUUUCAUCAACCUACCACUGAUUCAUUGAAUUCACAGCCACCAGCACUAUAAAUCAUGCCAUAGUGAAGCUUACCUAACACUUCUAAGGCACCUCAGAACUAUGUUUGGGGGCCAUUUUUAAACAGUAAAAUCACCACCAAUAAGCAAAAUCAUGGCAUUAAAUAGACCGUGAAAGGGGCACUUGUUUAUACAGUGUGAGAGCUGAGACCAAAGGCAGUGUUGCUUUAUUCAGCCUUUAAUUUUCACUGCUUUGAGUGUGUUUACAAAUGGUCAUGAAAACACUGCAAACAUUGAUUUUGGGAUUACAAAUAAAUUUUAGCAAGUAUGUGAAUUCACAAAUACAAAAUCUGCAAAUAAUGAGGAUCAACCUUACUUCCUCCCUAACUUACUGGUUAAUGCAUGAGUCUUUUGGAUUUCUCCCUACUUCAGCACACCCACCGUAGCUCUCCAGUGAUCAUCUUCAGGAACUGUUUUGGACAGGGACUCCUCCCUCCUCUUUAACAAUCUGUAGCUACUCCCUUUGGCUACUUGUUUUUUGGCCCUGAGAAAAAUCAGUUAACUUCUAUGCCUCAAACUAUAUAUGAAUCAGUUAUAAUAAACACUAAACUCUUAGGCUUUUCCUGUGUGUAAAAAACGUGAAAACAUUUAGUGCCACAAAAUGUAAGAUGUAAUAAUUACAUUACUAAGUAUAAACUUUCUUUCAAGUAUAUUUUAUUGAUUAUGAUAUUACAUUUUUCUCAUUUUUUUCUCCCCUUUAUUCCCCUCUG